AUGGCUCCAGAAUAUAGGCAUAUGAGCACCGGCUCGCUGAAUAUCCCACCGCCAACUGCGCUUAACAGCAACGGCAACGGCGGAGAAGCUCCACCUGCACCUGCACCAGCUGGCGCAAUGGGACGGUUUGAUGGUCCACGAAGUCCACCUGGGCGACAAAACACUUCACAUGUACCGUGCAAAUUUUAUCGACAAGGCGCGUGUCAAGCUGGAUCUGCAUGCCCCUUCAGCCACGAUCUCGCGAGCACGACAGAUAAUAUAUGCAAAUACUUUGCAAAGGGCAACUGCAAAUUUGGUCCCAAAUGCGCGAACAUACACGUCCUUCCCGAUGGACGCCGAGUCAACUAUAAACAAGGGGGUCCAAUGGGACCAGCACAUCUGAAUAUUGGUGGCCGAUUAAACACAGACCUGUAUCACCCACAGAAUUCCGGCUCGGCCCUGACCAACUCAUUUAUGCGUGCGAACGGCGUGCCACCAUCUCCAUAUAACCAGCAAUACCCGCCUUUUACGGGCCAAGAUGAUAGCUUUGCUCCUCAGACAGGACGUCAUCAGAGCAUUGAUAUUAGUGUGCCGACGAUUGAUACAAGUUAUGCUUCUCAUCCAGGAUCGACCUACGGCUCCCCAAGAGACGAAGAUAUAAAUCGGUUUGGGCUCGGCCUAUCACCAGUCGGGGGUAAGGGUCUCAGUGUCCUAGAUGCCCCUCUCCCAGCGUCGUUCGAUAGCAACGGGGUGUCCUGGAUUGCUCGGCACGGCCCAAUGGCGUCGUCGGUUCCCUCAAAAUUUGGACUUGAAUCCCCCCCGGGUUCUGUAGGAGCUGCGAAGGAGGGCAGGACGUCGGAAGCGUUGAAGAAUUUGCAUAGCUCUGCAUUUGGCGAUGAUACAAGGGAUCGUUUCAAUGGCAUUGCAGCUUCGCCACCAACCAACCCUGCAGAUGAGUACUUCGGAAAGAGAGUGAUGCACUCGCAGCGUUUCGCAAAACCCAAAGCUAUGUCAGCUAGUCUUCCAAAGGCUGUGGAUCAAGAUUGGGAGGCAGCGUUCACAUUUGAGGAGGAUUAUCUACCCGAAACUCUCAAAGACCUUAUGACACCGCAAGAGAAAGCUCGCCGAGGAUCUCGCACAGCUGACGAAGAAGGCAGACCGAUUCAUAGCGGGGCAGGUACUCCAAACAAUGACAUUUCAUCGAAAUUCGGCUCUCCUUCCAACGCCAGCCCCUCAAGAUGGGGCCCCCUCUUCCAACGCCACCAACAGCAAAAGGAAGAGGAGGAUCGAGCAGCGGCUUCCCGUGCCUCGGCAUUUGGGCAUGUUGGAUCUCCCCUUCGAAAUUCUUCUCUCCACGCAGGUGCAAGCCCUAGCUCCCGACCAAUCGCACGUCCAAGUAAUUCGGGUGACGCAUCCCCUUACCUUGCUUCCCCGCCCCGUCAAAGCUCCAUGUCUAUCAUUUCACAACAGCUUCAACGGACCCGACUUUCAAGGGCCGAAUCUGGUGGCAGUGAAUCUAGCCUGCACCCAGCACGUCCCACAAGCAACCCUCUAGGCUCUAGCCAAAGAGUUAGUGAGAGACAGGUCAGCUCGAGCAGUAUAGGCAAUGGUGGGAGUGGCAGAUUUACCACGCCCAUUGACGAAGAACAGGGUGACUUUGUAUUCAGUAUGGAAGGCAUGGAGGAUGUGGAUGAGAGGAAAGGGGAGAAGAGAAAUAGUGGCGGUUGGACUUAUGCGAAUAGUACGCGAAGUCCCCAUCUUGGUGCUGUUGGCGGGCCACCGAGGAAUACCAAUGGCACUCCAACCACGAGCGGUGGCGGUAUCGAUGGCAUGUUUGGCGCGAGAUGA